UAUCGGGCUAUCUCACUCCCUCGAUCAGAAACCAGGGUCCACAGCUUAACUGAGCCACUCACAUCUCGAUCGUCCAAGUCGCCAAAUCAUCCUCCUGUUUGAGAAUCGAGAUCCCUCCUCGGUGUUGAGCAUGGUUCACCCAGGCACGGAAACUCCGGCGGGCGACGUGGAGAUGGGAAACCAAGCAGCUGAGAGCCCAGCCAUGAACCAGCAGCAGCAGCAGCUUGGCCGGCAACAACCGACCCCCUGGGCCGGCAACAACGCCAACACGCUGCUGGUGGUGGCCACGCUGAUCACCACACUCUCGUACCAGAUCGGCACCAGUCUCCCCGGCGGCUACUGGCAGGAGACCAAGAUGCAGGACGGCAAGAUGUUGUACCGCGCCGGCGACCCCAUCAUGCGCGACCUGCAGAACGCCAGGUACUGGGUGUUCAUGGUGGCGAGCUGGGCGGGGUUCGUGAGCUCAACGUUGAUGACGCUGAGCCUACUGGUGGGGAUAGCGGUGGACUCGUGGCAGGUGCGGGGGUCAUUCCUGGUGGCCUACUCCAGCCUCUUCCUCACCUUCGCCGUGACGGGAAACAGGUCCAAGCUCCCCCUCGACAUCCUCCUCUGGGCGGGCAGCCUCGCCUUCUUCUGGGGCGCCAUCUACUUCCGUCCGGAGCACCGCACGUACAUCGUUCGAGUGCUCCGCUUCUUCAAACCUGCAACCACAUCAACUCAUUGAUGGAUCCCACGUCGAGCCCAUUAGGCCAUUGCAUACUUAAUUUAUUGGUCAUCCCUAAUAAGGGACUAUAGAACUCACCCUCGGUCCCAAUGUCCCAAUACAUGUUGCGUCCUCGUUUUGUGUGUGUUUUAACUUUGACCAUUCAUCAUUUG